AUGCAUAUUAUCGUUCACAUAAUUUUCACUGUCCUGUUUCUUGGAGUGGUUCUUCAUGGUCAAGGUGCUGGUGGUGGACGUCAUGGUCAUGGUGGAAGUGACAAUUAUGAAGAUAGAAAUUCUGACCAUGCAAGGCACGGUGGAAGUGUCGAUUAUGGAAAUCGUGGCGGAAAGUAUGGUGGUGGUAAUAGAUAUGGCUACAUAACUACUGAUGUUCAUAUAUUUGUUACAGGUGGUCAUUAUAAUAGAGGUCGACAAAGGCCGCACGCAACUACUGAUCAUCAUUCAUCACUGGGCAAUAUGUUGUACUUCAUACUGUUCUUAGUAACUGUCGUCAUCAUUGGCUGCUGUAUUGGUGGCUGUUGUCUAAUUUAUAGAUUUAAAACUAGAUCUGGGUCAAAUACGACAUUUACCAACGUCCCGACCAAUGAACCACCUUCCGAACAACAAACUACGAAAUUCACCAGCAUACCUAUUGACAAGACAGCAUUGAAUAAUAUGAACAUAUUCUCAUCAGGAAUUUGGUCGGGUCGAUACUUUCAAUAUGGUAGAUGGCAUGAUCCACAACAGUUGUCGCUGUCAUUUGAUCCUAAUUCAUUCACAAUAAAUGGACACGGAUCGGACGAUGUUGGCGCAUAUACUGUUACCGGCAGAUACUCGACGACAACCAAUGAAAUAGAGCUCGAAAAAACAUAUCAACAAGGAACAGGUGAUGAACGGGAAAAUUUCGGGCAUUUAGUUACUAUUGAAGUUACAUGGAACCCUGAGAAGCAACUAUUUGAUGGCAACUGGUAUGUAGAUAAGAGUUCAUUUCGUGAUGAAGACUUAUUUGAACUCAAGUUCGAGAAAUCGGUGUAG